ACACACACACACACACACACACACACACACUUUUUAAAGCACCCCUCCCUUUCCUUUUACCUCUUGCAGUGGAACAGACAGAAAGCUGCUGCAGCGACGUCCCACCAUUCUGCAUCACCAGAAAUCAACACAACAAUAAUCAAUAAAAGCAGGGACUGACUAAAGAGCUGUUCCACCAUUUUUUAACAGAGUGAAUCUUUUGUCUGAUUCCUUUAUUUUUUUUCAGUGUCGUUGUUUCGUCUCACACCACUGGAUCUGUGCCUCCUGUACCUACUGCAGCAGAGACACAAUGACCAGCAGCCGGCAGCUUCCUGUAGACUAGGACCAGAGUACGCCCUGCCUUUAGCUGUUGUUCAAUACUUACCUCCGUUUUCACCGUCUCAUGGCCACGAGUCCCAGCGUCACCCAGCCGUCCAACAGCACCAUGGCGGAGUCCCAGCAGCCUGAACAGCCAAUCAGCAUGCAGCAAGAAGGAGAGGCCAACCACGCUGCCGUUACCUGUCAACCAACCAGCGCAGAGCAACAAGCCCCGCCCACGACGUCACACCCUGCUGAUGCCAAACAAACGGAGGAAAUGGAACACCUGACAGUAAUCAGUGACAAUACGGAGACCAGUAAUGGCAUCGGUCCUGUGAUGGUGGACACGUCUCCCACAGUGUCCUCUGUGUCGCCCAAGCUUCAUGCUAAGCCUGGUGGCCAUGCUAACGGCCGGCCUGGUUUGGGCAGUCGGUCUGGCUCGUUGGCGGCGGGCUCCCCCAGGCCGUCGCUCACCCGCCAGCCCAGCGCCAUCACAGAGGCCACUGUGGAUGGGUCCAAGCCGAGAGAUUACCUGCUCCUGGCCAUCCUGUCCUGCUUCUGCCCACUGUGGCCCAUCAACAUUGUAGCCCUAACCUUCUCCGUGAUGUCCCGAAACAGUCUACAGCAGGGCAAUGUGGAUGGAGCUCGCCGUUUGGGCCGUAAUGCCAUGGUUCUGUCUGUCGUCUCCAUCUUGGGAGGGAUAGCCAUCAUCACCGCAGCCAUCAUCCUCAACUGGGGAUUGAUAUUAAAAUGAUUAAAAUCCUCCAGGAUGGCAACACUGACUUGACAACAUGACACCGUUUUUUCUCAACUCCCUGAAGCACUAUCGUUCUCAAGCGCCUGCACCGGAUGAAAAACAAAAAUCUAUUCCUGUUCUUUGCUGUUGUUUCUUGCUGCACGACGAGCAUGGUCUGCCUGACGCUCUACCUCCGACACAACCAACACUCCCCAACCCGACGCCCUGUUUGGAUAUUGAUUAGGAGAAAAGGAUGGAUCACACAACACUCAUUUCAUUCUGUGGUAACAGCUUAUCUCCUCAUCAGACCACUUUCUCCCAUCGAUGAACACGUGUUGUCGUGGAAAUGCACAUCGGUCUGUAUGGAAAUGGGAUUAUUCUGACCUCUGAAUGAGUCUACAUGCAACAAGUUUAGUGAUGGUGCAAACUUUUCACUUUUUGAUGCCAAAUAAUUAGAAACGUGGUGUUUAGCUGAACUGAAACUGGGACAAGUUGCUGCUGAUAGUUCAGCAGGAACCUAAAGAUGAACUGUCAGAGUCUUUGUACUGCAAGAGUGACUUGAGUUUCAUCACCCAACUGUUCCUGUUGGUGUUUAUGGUGCACAUACAUAAAGAUGGACACACUCAUGAUGCUGCUGCUGCUGCUGCUGCUGCUGCUGCUGCAUGGUGAUCAGAGAGCUCAAGUUCUGACAUCACUUUCUGUUUGUUCUACUAGAUUGUAUAACUUAAUACUCAUUCACGGUUCUUUCCUUUUUCUGUUAACUUUCCAUAUUCUCAGACAAGUCAGCUCCAAUACAGCAGCUGAUAUUAGAAAGUGAUUUGUAAUUAAGUCAAACAAUGAUUACUCGAGCACAGAGAAAACUACAGAUCCCAUGAAAAUGUUUUUACUUACGUCAUUGUAGCUUGGUUUAAACCAUAUUCAAUAAACUCAUCAGCUGCUCUUCCAAAAUUCAGUUUGCUAGCUGUAACCAUCUCUUCAGCCUUGACAUUUAGCCAGCAAGCACCCAGGGCUUAUGGAAAAUGUUUAUUAAAGGUCACUAAAAAAAAAAAAAAAAAAAAAA